AUGAAGGGCAGCAGCAGGCAAAAGUUGGACCAGAGUACCUUCAUGGAGCAGGUGCAUGAGUGCAAGGACAAUGGCUACCUGCUCUCCUCUACGAAGAUUGGCUCUGGGGUCUUCUCCAAGGUGUACCUGGCCUACGCCACACGCGAACACAUGCAGCACAACCCCAAGCUGUCAUUCGACUGGGGCAAGCAUCACAUCAUGGUAGCUAUCAAGAGCAUCGCCACAGCUGAGGCCCCCUUGGAGCUCUCCCGCAAGUACCUUCCCCGUGAGAUCUCCUCACUCAAUGCUACCUACAAGCAGCAGAACAUGGUGCAGCUGUACGAGACAUAUCAAAGCAGCCAGUGCUCCUACCUGGUGCUGAAGUUGGCAGCCAGAGGUGACCUGCUGGGCCACAUCAAUACUGUGUCAGAUCACUGCUGCUGCCCAGGGCUGGAAGAGGAGGAGGCCCAUAGACUGUUCUGGCAGCUAGUUAGUGCUGUAGCCCACUGCCACAACGCUGGCAUUGUGCAUCAGGACCUUAAAUGUGAGAACAUCCUGCUGGAUAACCAAGGUUUUCUAAAGCUGACUGAUUUUGGCUUUGCCAACCGCAUGGGGCUCAAGAACUUGCUGCUGAGCACCUUCUGUGGUUCUGUGGCCUACAUGACCCCAGAGAUCCUCAAGACCAAGAAGUACAAUGGGGAGAAGGCCGACCUGUGGAGCCUGGGUGUCAUCCUCUACGCCAUGGUGAGUGGGAAGCUACCCUUCAAGGAGAGCCAGCCCCACCGCAUGGUACACCUGAUGCACCGCGGUCCCACCUUCCAACCAGGUCUGUCCCCAGAGUGCCAGGACUUGAUCCAGGGGCUGCUCCAGCCACGCCCACACAUACACCUGGGCCUGUAG